GCCGUGCUUCAGUACCAGCAGCGUAACUGUUUUUCCCCGCGAGCCCGUGGUGAUCUAAGAUGAAGGCUGUUCCUCCGGUCGGCCCCCAGGACUCCUCCUCCUCCUCCUCCUCCUCCUCCUCCUCUUCCUCCAGCGGCAGCCAGCUCUCCCUGCACUAUCUGUCGAAGCAGAGCCUCAACAUCGCCCGGUGCAGGAUGGAGGAGGAGGACCUGUUCUGCCUGCAGUACGACAUGAACGACUGCUACAGCCGGCUGAAGCGCCUCGUGCCCACCAUCCCGCAGGACAAGAAAGUCAGCAAAGUGGAGAUCCUGCAGCAUGUCAUAGACUACAUCCUGGACCUGCAGCUGGCCCUGGAGACGCACCCUUCCCUCCACAAGCAGAGCCAGCGGAGCGGGACCUGUCCCCCCCCUCCCGCAGCCUCCACCCCCGGCAGGACGCCGCUGACGGUGCUCAACGUCGACCACCACCAGAGAACGUCAAUAGUCAAAAAGCCGGAGGACUCUAUUUUAUGCCGCUGAGACAAAAGCGCUGCAUUGGUGUGCAGGGCCGCUCAGAGCCGCUCCAAAGCCAGCAAAGCUUCGCCAGGGACUCUCGCCCAACUGGAGGCACAAUCACACGGGGAUUUCAAAAACCGCCGGGAGGAAUUAAACCCAAAUAAAAAUCACCAUUCAUGUCAACUAUUUUUUAUUUUUUUUUUCCUUCCUCUUCGCGGGGUCGGGCUGGUCGACAGAGACUCCCGGCAGACAUCUCCUCUCCUCAGUGCUCCUUCAGUUCCUCUCACUUUACAGCUUGUGUUUUUUUUUUUUUUUUUUCUAAAGAGAGAAAAUAUGGAUUUGCUGAGAAGAUGUUUUGUUUCUUUUGUUGGAAACCCCGCCUGCCAACAACAACAACAACAAAAAAACAAAACCUGUUUGUGAAUUGUGCUUAAAAUUAACUAAAAGUGACUCCAGUUUAAAGCUUUACUAAACUGCGAAAACCCUUGUACAUGUUUUUAGACAUCUAUUGUUUAAAAUAGAUGAAUUGUGUUGAACAGGGACGCCGUCCCUGGAACCUUUAAAGAAAGAAAGGGAAAAAAAAAAAGUUUGUUAUUGUAAAGAAGAACAAUUCCGAUUCGAGACGAUUUCGAUGCGAUUGUACAUAAAGAGACGCAAAUGUUCUAUAAAAAUAUGUGAAAGGAAGACUUAUAUGCUUAAAAUAGACUAUUGUAAUUAUAAGAUAUUUUUAUUAAAACCUUUUGUUCUUGUCGUUGCUGUAAAUAUUUGUGUUUCCACUUUUGGUGAAUGACCCCGUGGUAACGCUCUGCCGGCGGCGCCGCUCUUCUCCUGGGACUUGGUUGAAUAUGUAGCAUGUCCGGCUCGAAGCAGAGGCUCUUCAGUGUGCACUGGAGCAGGUCUGGAGCUCGACGCCAGCCCUUCGCCCCGCUCGGCGCGGCUUUCCCUCCAAAUGUUUUUGUACUCGCUAACCGGGCCGGCUCAGUCCGCCAAAACAGAGAAACACCAGAAAGACGGCGAGGAAAGGUGGACUGGCGAACAUCUGGAGAGGCAGCGCGCUCCUGACAGUGUUCAGAGAGAAACAUCCACCUAGAGAGAGUCACUGCGACGUGUGUGUGAGUGUGUGUGUGUGUGUGUGUGUGUGUGUGUGUGUGUGUGUGUGUGUGUGUGUGUGGUGUGUGGGAGCAGGCCGAGCCUCUCCAGAGUUAAUGAUCCACGCGGGGAAAUCGUUACACCUUGAAUUAGUAAUAUAUGUGAACAUUUACUCUUUUUGCACAUGUCUUUCAGUGAACAUGAUGUGAGCAGACUUUAACAAUGUCAAGAAAGAAAAGGGGGCAA